AUGAGAAAAAGUUACGCUAUUAAGAAGAAACAAAAGCGGGAAUUUGAACCUUUAUCUUUAGGUAAAACUUUCAUGAUUGUUCAUCUAUGUGCUGGUGAAAUAGCCAGAAGAGGAUUGACAGAACUUAGUAUCUUCAAGCCUUUACGAUUUAGAGAUGGAAAAGAUGAGGUCAGGUACCUUAUCAACUGUCUUUUGAAAGACAAUCGUAGAGAAUUCGAAAGUGAAUUAUCAUAUCAAAACAUACAUAAUAUCGUCGCUGGCAUACGAAUGGCAUUAAGAAAUUGUGAGCUUGACAUCAUUUCUUAUGAAAAUUAUUUACAAUUUGUAAGAUACGAACAAGAGUGGCAAUAUGAUUUAAAGAAGGGAUGCUUUAAUCAAUUCCUUUCAAACCUUUCACGAUUAAGUCGAGGGAUACUCGUAGAUUUAUUUGAUUUAUUCGCCAUGACAAUGGAAAAUUCUCACAUCAACCGUAUGCAUCCAACGCGAAUCCUAAAAUCCAUGUCCCCUUACAUAUUUAAUGAAUUACAAUCGAAAACUUAUGAAAAUUUUCAGAUAGCUUAUCAAGAUUGGUUAAAAUAUUCGAACGCUUUAACUCAUUUAUUCUUGGCUUACCUCAGAGAAAAGGCGUGCUCGAUUGAAUUACCUGAAAGGUUACAUUUACUGUUAUAUGAUUACGUCGAACGUAGGAAAAAAUGUUUGAUGAAUAGUAGCGUUAGUGAAAAUGGUGAAGAAGUCAUUUUUGAUGAACAUGCUUUACCUGAUAUUACCACAGAAUUGGACGAAGUCAUUAGUUCCAUUGAUAAUAUUUCUACUUUGGACAAUAGACAAUCAUUUGGGAUAAAAAAAGAUACAGGUAAAAGGAUUUUGUUCGAUGAUAACAGAACUGCAGAAGUUAAAUGGGAUGAUUUACAAAAUAAAGGAUUAAAUAUAUUAUCCGAAGAAGCGUUAAAUUUAUUAUUUGCUUAUUAUGAUAAAGAUAUAGACCUUAAUUCUAUAAAUGUCGAAAAAGGGAAAAGUGUAAUAAGAGAUGAGAAAAGAUUUGAAAGUCAAAGAAAAUAUGACCGGUUUGAUCUGCCGGAAACACGUCCUUCCCUUCCAGAAAUGGAUUUUAAGAAUGAUUCAUUAAAAAAUAUCUUUAAUUUCAAUUUAUAUAAUGAUGAUGAAAUUAAAAUUGAACCGGAUAAUUUUAGAAAGAAAGGAUUCCGUGAAUCAAUUGAUAACGAUUUGAAUAAGUUUAAUAAUAAAUUGAGUUCACCUAAUAAUGGUGGUGAUUCAACAUCAAUCAAUUUUAAUGAAACUUCUAAUGGAAGAAAAGAAGUAUCCUUACGUCGUCGGUAUUCAGCUGAAUCGAUUCACAUUAAUGAACGCAAGCAAGAAGACAGGGAAUGGAUCUUGAUUGAACAACAUUCUGAUUUAAUGAUAGAUGGUAAAAAUCUAUUCCUUACAGAUCGGAAAAAAAACAAAAAUAAAACAAAUAGUAUCAAGCUUACAAAUCGUGUUUCGAAUAAAAUGAAUAAUUUCAAUUUACCUUGGACAAAAAGUUCGAAACGAAUUAAAAAUUCGAGUGAAACUGGUGCUUCAAUUAUAGAUCCACUAUCAAAGAUUCCUAAUGUUCCUGAUAUUCCUGCAUCAUUUCGGAAAUUUAAUAAUAAUGAUGAUGAUGGACAGCAAUAUAUUCAACAAAGAGAUAAUCAAACUGAACGAUAUCAAAUGAAGGGACGAAAACAAAAAUUUCCAAAAGAACAAGAACAGUCAAAAGGAGAAAAAAAUAAAGCUAAUUUUAAAUCAAAUGAAGUACAAUUUAACGAUAUAUCCGAUAGGUCACGACCAAAUCCUAAAGCACGAGAUUACCUAGAAUUGGAAGAUGAGAAAGAGAAUCACAAACAUACUUCACAACAUAAUAAUGGAAAAAUGUCUUCAGUGAAACGAUCAACUACUAUGCCAGGUCAAAAUACAAACCGCGCUAAAUCAGUACGUGGUAAAGAUUUACCUUAUCCCGUUACUCCAAAAAAUGCUGGUCGUCACUUUUCAAUUCCGAAUCAAAGUCCGUCUGGAGCUCAUUUGCAAGUUUCUCAACAUCCUUUACCCGAAAUACCCGACAGGCUAAUUCCGGUACCAUCUAAACCCGAAAGGAAGCAAGAUCCUCAAAAUCCUUUACCCGAGAUACCUGACCGACAAAUUCCGGUACCGCAUAAACCCGAAAGAAAAUCUUCGGCGUCCGGAAUUCGUGGUGGACCAGUGCAAGUUCCUCAACCCGAAAUACCCGACAGGCUAAUUCCGGUACCAUCUAAACCCGAAAGGAAGCAAGAUCCUCAAAAUCCUUUACCCGAGAUACCUGACCGACAAAUUCCGGUACCGCAUAAACCCGAAAGAAAAUCUUCGGCGUCCGGAAUUCGUGGUGGACCAGUGCAAGUUCCUCAACCCGAAAUACCCGACAGGCUAAUUCCGUUACCAUAUAAACCCGAAAGGAAAACUUCGAUGUCUGAAAUUCGUGGCGGACCAGUGCAAGUUCCUCAAAAUCCUAUACCCGACAUACCCGACCGACAAAUUCCGAUUCCGGUUAAUCCUGACAGAAAAGCUCAUACUCCACCAAAUCAAUAUACAAAAUUACCUUCACAACCAAAUCAGCAACAAUUUUAUCCGCUAUAUCCAAAGCAAUAUCAAAUAUAUCCACGACAAAAUUAUCAAAAUUAUCCACCAUCAAAAUAUCCUCGGCAAUAUCCACCACCACAACAAAAUUAUUAUAAUUUCUCAAAUAAUUUCACAAAUGAAAGACCAAUUAAUACUCAUCAAUCUUCAAGGAAAAUGCAAGUACCACCUGAAAAUAUUACUCGGCCGACACCGCAACAAUAUUAUUAUGAUAAUGUCAAUACUUACGUUCAAGCGCAACCACGGCAACAACAACCAUAUUAUUCUCCUGGUACUUAUGGCGCAUUCCCAAUAGAUUCUCAGUAUCAACAGUCUAAGUUAUAUAACAAGUUACGACCUCAAUAUUCAAUGACAACUCCUUUGAAUGUUCCUUUUUAA